GAAGACUUUUGAGAUUCCGCGGUUUCUUUGUUUGGGUUUAAAUCGGAACGGAAUAUUAAACCUGCAGUUUAAUUCGCCUUACCUGUUAUGCCAGUUAAAAUGUAUUAUAACAAGUAUAAAGACAAACCGCGUAAAGAGUCAAGUCUGUCGUCUACUCUAACUAGUGCUUCCAACGAUAAAACAUUAACAAUGUCUUCUAAAGAGAAGAAGGAAAACACAAGAAUGGGAAAACAGGCACCAUCUGUCUACGCAGCUAAGAUAAAGACGAAAAUUCACAACACAUCAUCAUUCUUCAAGCUCUCUUUGAAAACCAACAACAAGGCUCUUGCCCUGGCUCUGGUUGCUCAGAAGCAGAGAAGCCGAGAGCUGGAGAUGGAUGUUGUGCGACUGAGGAAAGAAGUGCAGGCUCAUAAUUUUGAUCUUGCCUUUCAGCGUCAUAAAAACAAACAAUUGUUUGCCAUUAUACGUGAGUUUUAUGACUCUUCCCUUAAUUGGAUGACAAAGGCAGUGGACAUUUUUUCUAAUGAAGAGGUUCCAGAGAGUAUAAACACAGAUGCAGAACACAGCAGCACUGAAGAACAAAUGUAUGAAAUGGAGGCAGAGGUUGGAAGUUUGCAGGAUGUCCUUAAAAAAGACAGUCCAACAAUGUGUCCAAAACAGGACCAUGUCACCUCUGAAUCAGUGAAUACAGCUGUAGUCAAUGCAGAUCUACUUUUCCAUUGUUCUAAAAAAGGCAAAGAAGGGCCUUCCAGCCCAGAGAGGGACAAUCCAGUGCUGCAGAAUACCCUAUAUUAUGCUGAAAUGGAUAUGACCAUUGCUGACAGUGGUGCUGAAAUAGUGACAGUUGAAACAAACACGAGAAGAAACUCUAAAGUUAUGGAAGAACAUCAGGAAAAGAAGGAUUUGUGUCUGUCAGGAAAAGGUAGUAAGAGUAUAUCUGCAGAUGAAGAAGCACCAACUGAAUCAAAUUAUACAGCACCUGUUUCAAAAGAGAUAACCAGUGCAACACAAGAUUGCUCUCCUGCUGUCCAGAACAGGGAACAGAAUUCUCAGGAAAGAGAUGAGUGUUUGUUUGGAGAAACGGAAUCAUUAACUGCACGCAGGAAGACUCAUGUCACCUCUCGUCAUACUAAAAGUAGCCGGCGCACAUGUAAACAGAAAAACCCAGAUCCAAGGAAAACUUACCUAAUCUCCCAAGAUCCCCCCAAUGACAUUUUAAAUGAUUGUUUUGGUGAUCUUGAGGUUCAGAAUUGUCAGAGAAACAAAGCAAUUCUUUGGGAUGAAAAUCUUUCAUGCAUAGCUGCUAAAAAUAAAGCAAAGGAGGCUCAUGCUACCCAGGAACCUGAAAGUCAAGGUGAAAAUAACAGGAGAACAUAUAUAUUUCAAGAUGAGCUAAGAACUCAGAAGAGCAGGAAGACCAAAGUCUCAUCCCUUACUAUGGAUCAGGGGUUUGUACAUGAAGAUGUUGAAUCAGCCAGUACUGUGUACCCACAAGCUGCUGCUACUGAUAUGCAUGUCAGUGAGACCACAGGCCAAGUUAUAAAACAUAACAACAAAACACUAACACAUCCACUUUCACAAUUUAAAGAAUGCAACGCACAGAAAAAUAGAGGAACAUUUGUUAUACAAGCAAGUGAAUCGUUUGUCAAUGGUAAUUCAACAGACAUUUUGAAUAAAACAAGUAUAUUAGAGGAUGCUAACAGACCAGAUGAAUCAGAGGAAGUAGCAUCAGAAGGGCAAAUGAUCCCUCAAGUUAUCAGUUUGGAUGACAUUGCAGAACAGCAAAAGGAUCCAGUGGCUGUUCCUUAUGAAUUAUCAGGGGAAAACAACUAUUCAGAACGUUCACAUAAUGUUCAUAAUCACUUACCAGAGUCCUCUCAGUUGACAUCAUUAGUGCCCAGUAAAGCUAAAAAACACAGAACAGAGGUGACCGAUAAAGUAACAAAGAGGAAUACAACAGGAAAAGCCAAAUCUAAAGCAGUAACAAGGAAACAGUUGAGCAACAGUACUCCAAGUAAUGUUGGUAAUUCAGCAACUGAAAAGCAAGAUGUGACUGAUCUUGAAAAUGGAGAAGAAUGCAGGUCUUUAUCUCAUACCUUGCAGUUAACAAGGAUAUCUCAUUGCUCAGUCUCAAAGGAGGACUUCAGGAAUGAACAUCAUGCAAAAACCCAUAAAACAAACAUUGACAUUAGUGCAAGUGCUUCUUCCACUUUUGACAAGGCUGAUAAGGCUAACCAUAUCAACAUGGAUGAUCUUUGCAUGUAUAUGGAUCAAACCAACCAUGGCCAUGAGAGCAUGUGCAGGAAAACUUUCAUGAUUUCAUCUAGUCAUAAUUCACCUGGCAAACAAACAAAUGGCAGUGGGGCUUCCAGCUGCAUUUCUGAAUAUCAUCUUGGAUCAGAUGAAGUUUUACCUUCAGUGACUUUAGAUAGUUUAAAUGGACACAUAAAGGACCAGAGCCUUCAAUUCACAGAGGAGAGGCCUCCCUGGGAGUCCCUAGGUGGUUACACUGAAGUGCUCUCAGAUGAAAGCUCUGCUCACAGCCCUCAACCAAAGGCCCACUCUCAAACCAUGAACAUUUAUCAGGACCAGGAUUUGAACUUGAUGCACCAACCUCCAGUAGAAGACCGGGUUAUGAAGAGUUUAACAAAUAAAGACUGGAACGUUAGCUCUGAAUUUGGGAGAUCACGAAGGAGAAUAGCACCAGUGUCCUACAAAGAACCCACACUUAACUGCAAAAUGAGGCGUGGGGACAAAUACUCUGAUUCAAAGUUCUUGAAUUCUCCUGUGUUCAAAGACGACAAGAAGAAGAAACGAACUCAGGAAAAAGGAGUGAUCUCCCAUUAAUUGAUAUACAUUUUUUUAAAAUUUAUUUAUUUUAUUUUGUGUCUGCUUUUAUUCCAUUUUGAUAUGAUACAUGUUUAAUAGAUUACAUUUUUUUUUAACUGAAGCUGCACAUUUCAGCUCAGUUUUAAUCUCAUACACUUAGUAUAAGAAUAUAUUGUUUUUUGAAUUUUAGAUGUAGAUAUUUAUUUCAAUGAUUAAUAAAGAGAAACUGCUCUUUUAGUCAUUUAUUAGUAAAACUCACUUCUGCUUGCCGACCCAUCUAUAGUUUUCUUGGAAGACAGCUGUGUUCAUGACCUCAGCUGUUCUCUGAUUAAGAUUAUGUUGGCAAGUUGCACCUGUGUGCAGGGGUGUAGAUUCCAGGGGGGAUGGGGGGGAGGUAACCCCCUUGCCUGUGUGUUAUAUAACUGGGCACUUGUGAUUGACAAACUGAAUGAAUAAUUUAGAGUAGACUGUUCACCUGAGAUGACUACUAUUCUAAGAUCAGGAAUAGGAGUAUCUGUUUAACCAGUUUAUACUGCUGUCUGAAAGCAAACCAGAACUUCUGAUAUUUACUAUUAUUUUGCUAACAGGAAGUUUUUCUGUCAGUUUUAGGUAAGUUAUCAAACUUUUCUAUGCAUUUUCAUGAGAAAGGAUUCUUUUCUGGUUGAAGUGGUAAGUCUUUUUGCAUCAGAGCAGAAAGCAAUGUAUUCCAUUCAAAUGUUAUGCGCAAAUAGUUCAUGUUCACUUUUAGCCAUUAAAUGUUUUAAUUCAAUUAAUAAUUUGUAGAGCAUCUCAACUUGUAAAUGCUUGUGUUAGUUUUAUCAAAUGCUUCUGGUAACCUUACCCUUGUCUGUUGGAUACCAUGUCAAAUGUCCAUCUCACUUUUCUUGUUCAUUGCUAGACAAUAUAGUGUUUAUAGUUUGCAUCCUGUGUUUAGUGUUUCCCUGGGCAGAGGAUUAACUACUAGAUAACUCAUACUGUUUUUCUAUGUAAUGUUAUUUUCAUUGUUCCAAACAUUACUGCUUUUUUUUCUUCUCAGACUGAAUUUUAGAAAUAAAGGCUUGUGUACAGUUAAGUGUCUGAGUGUCUGAAACAUGGAGGCCAAGCGUGUGAGGAGGGAUGUUAAAGCUUUGCUGCCCAUUAUGACUUGGCUAUAAGUGUGGCUUUGUGGUGGCUCAAUAAAGAUGAUGGGAAGAAUGACAUCAUAGGAAUUGGUAGUCCAGGACAUAGCCACCAGUACCCUAAUCGCCUGGAAAGAGAGGCAGUG